AUGGCCAGUGCAAACGGAACAUCGACACCAACUGCGGGCAGGAAAGUGAAGAUCCUGAUGAUUCAUGGCUACACACAAUCCGGCCAUACAUUCGAGAUCAAAACAAAAGCCCUCAAAAAAUCCCUUGAAAAGCAGUUCCCUGCGGCUCCGAAACCCGGUCAUUUGAAGCAAUAUCCCGGAGGAUUCGAACUGGUAUAUCCUACUGCUCCCAUACGGCUAGACGUCACGGAUAUACCUGGAUUUGAUGUUGAUGGACCUUCGGAUAGCAUUGAAGCGUAUGGAUGGUGGAAACGGAGAGGCGAUGGAGAACCGUAUACGUACGAAGGAAUGGAGCUGGGAUUAGAAUGUUUGGCGAAGGUGUUGAAGGAACAGGGACCUUUUGAUGGGGCUAUCGGAUUCUCGCAAGGUGGUGCUGCUGCUGGUAUGGUCGCGGCAUUACUCGAAGACGGACGGCGGGAAGCAUUUGAAAAGCACCAGGCGAAGGGCGGAAUGCGGUAUCCCGAUGCUUUCACGCAAGAUACGGGAUACAUGGAGGAAGCGAUACACCCUCCCUUGAGAUUCGCAGUCUCUUAUUCCGGGUUCGGGGCUUCGACACACCCGCUUUAUCAUGCAUUCUAUGAUCCCAAGAUUAAGACGCCGAUGAUGCAUUUUAUUGGGUCAGUCGAUACGGUGGUCUCUGAAGACCGGAGUCUGAGACUAGUGGAUGCUUGCGUAAAUGGGAGAGGGAAGCCUGGUGGUGUGGACAGAGUGGUGUAUCAUCCUGGUGGUCACUUCCUACCAAGCAGCCAGAAGCAGUGUGUCAACGCGCUUGUGGCCUUUAUCCGCGAAGUAAUUGAAGAACCUCUGAGCACCUCGAAUGCACCAAGCGGGACUGCUAAGCCUCAGAGAGGCAUUGGAGACGAGAAGGCUGAAGAUAUGGAUGUCCCAUUCUGA